AUGGCAGUUGCAAUGGAGUCCUUGGAUCAGGAGCCCAUUCGUCUGGCGCCGGGUCGAGCUGCCUGGUGGAUACCCAAUCCCAGCAGAGCAGAACCACCCACCACCAGUCAGCCUGCGAACCACUUACCUGGAACUUCCGCGGAGGAAACGCGAAAAUUGUCAUUUGCCGCCGCUUUAAAGGAUUUGCUGCAGAACCUGUCGUUCCAUUGUUACGGCAAAUUAGUGGAGCAGGGUCGGCGGAUUCAGGAGCGUUUCUUUUGGUUCAUUUUCCACAUAACCGCUUUGAGCGUGCUAAUUGCAUUUCUCUGGGGCACCUACACCAACGAACAGGAUGCCUUGGUGACCACCAUGUACCAUCCCAUGUAUCCCAUUUGGAAGGUGGAGUUCCCGGCCAUUUCCGUUUGCAGUCUGAACCGCAUCUCACAACGUGCGGCAUGGGACUAUGCCCACAAACUCAGUGGCAAAGACCCCAAGCUGCGAAAUGCCAGCUUUUACUAUGACCAACUAAAGGCUUUUAUGUACAUGUACUACGAUCCCUCGGAUCUGGUGGAUAUUGAUAAUGCCCUGCGACUUCAGAGCUUCUUGGACAGGUUUGAUACCGGAGAAGAGGACCUCUUCUUCAAUACCAGAAAACGUAUGCGGGCCCUCACUCCGAAUUGUAGUGACAUGUUUGUGAGCUGCAGAAUUUCCGGUCGACUUUUCGACUGCAUGGAUCAGUUUGAGGAGACUCUGACUAGUCAUGGCUACUGCUGCACUUUCAACUACGAUGGGAGAUACGUCAAUAAAAGGGACUUUAGACAGCUUUACUUUGGGCCCGACAUGGGAUUAGUUUUGACCUUAAAGACAGAUCCCAGUGACAAUUUUUACAAGAUUAAUGGUCACAAUGGCUUUGUGGUCUAUCCCGAUCCCUAUUCUGGAGGUGUAGCUGAACGCGUGGCCGAAACGGGCUUUAAUACCUUGCUGCCGGUAAGGGCUAAAAUCUUUGAGACCCUUCCAGAAGCGCGCAGUAUGAGUCAAUCCGUGCGAAAGUGCCUGUUUGAGAACGAGAUGCCGUGGAUCUUCGCUCGACAUUACACCUUCAGCAAGUGCAUCUCGGCUUGCAGGGCGCAAAGUGUCGUGAGUCUCUGCGAGUGCGUUCCCUUCAGCUUGCCGCACAGAUAUAUCGAUGGGAGUGAGAAGCACAUCUACUGCACGUUGCAGCACCUGGCCUGUCUCAAGCGCUACGAGUUCAAGUGGUUGAACGUCAUCACCAGUCGCGAGAAUGUGACGGGUCUGGAGCACGAGCUGCAGGACGCCCUCUUCUGCCCGCUCUGUUUGGCCUCCUGCACGGAGACCAGGUACAGUGUUCGAGGAGCCAUGACACUGGGCCUGCCCACGCCCAGUCCGACCAAGGGCCCCAAGCGAAGCAGUUCCGGACCGCGUGCCAAUAACAGUUACGGCUCCGGCUGGAGUUCCGGAUCCGGAAAGGUCCCCAGCUCAUCCUCGUCCUCGUCCUCAUUCGCCACCACCCCCACCGCCGAACUGGCCGUGGUUCGUAUUUAUUUUGCCGAAACGCACAUUCAAUACUUUCGCCAGAUUAUUAAGUGCGCCUGGUACGAGACCUUCAGUACAAUUGGCAACAUCUGCGGCAUUAUAGCCGGCUUCUCGCUGAUUGGCAUCUGCGAGCUGUUGUUUUUUCUAGCCAAACAAUUAUGGCAGGCCUGCCGCGCGGAACUUCGUGCCGAUCUCGCCCACAUCCAUGUCCAAAUCCGGAAUCAGGUAGCGGAACCGGAAGCCGAGCGGCCGAUGAAGUUGUUUAUACUGCCGUAA